GGUCUGACACAGAAUAGCUCAGCCUGCUAACUUUCUCAACAACGUUAGCCUUAUGUGGCAGUCGGCGGGAUGCUGUUAGACGGUAUACGUGUCCAGUUUUAGACCGUGUCGAGGCAGCGCUUCAGUUAGCCGUCGUCCGUCGGACCGGUAGCCUCUGCUGGGUCAGUGGACUGAAAACGAAGGUGAAAGAUGAGCGGUCAAACUCCAGCUAUAGAUAAAGGAAUGAACACAGUCCUGGGCUGCCAGGAGAGCUACGCCUGCGGGGGUUCAGAUGAGGCUGCGUUUGAGUGUGAUGAAUGUGGCAGCCUGCAGUGUGCCCGCUGUGAACUGGAGCUCCAUCGCCAGGAGCGGAUGAGGAAUCACGACCGGGUUCGGAUUGCACCGGGCCACGUUCCUUUCUGUGACUCGUGCAAAGGUGACAGCAGCUGCUCUGUUAACGGCGGACGGCUCAGAGCGGUGGUGCGUUGCCAGGGUUGUAAGAUCAACCUGUGUUUGGACUGCCAGAAACGUACCCACAGCGGAAUCAACAAGAGGAAGCACCCGCUGACACCUUACCCCCCUGCCAAAGCCCCCCAGGACAACAGCGAGAGUGCUGGGGAGUCACAGAUGGACCUCCUGAAAGCAGAGCUGGAGAAGGUGUGCAGCUUCCUUUUGGUGGACGAGAGGGAGGAGAUGCAGGUGAAGGAUGAGGACGACUUUGUGAGCAGAUUGGGCUGCAGGCCAGAUGAGCUCCUCAAAGUGGUCUCCAUCUUUGGAAACACCGGGGAGGGCAAGUCCCACACCCUGAACCACACGUUUUUCCUCGGUCGAGAAGUGUUUAAGACCUCUCCCACCCAAGAGUCCUGUACUGUGGGCGUCUGGGCGGCCAUGGACCCCGUGCACCGGGUGGUAGUCAUCGACACAGAGGGACUGCUUGGAGCUGGAGCCAAUCAGGGCCAGCGGACUCGGCUGCUGCUCAAAGUCCUGGCUAUCUGUGAUGUGGUCAUCUACCGAACCCAUGCCGACCGUCUCCAUGACGAUCUCUUCAAGUUCCUUGGUGACGCAUCAGAUGCCUACCUAAAGCAUUUCACCAGGGAGCUGAAAGCAACGACCACCCGCUGUGGUCUGGAUGUCCCGUUGUCCACUCUGGGUCCUGCUGUCAUCAUCUUCCAUGAGACCGUCCACACCAAGCUGCUAGGAUCAGACAAACCGUCUGAAUCGGCCGAGCGUCUUCUCCAGGAGCGUUUCAGGAAGCUGGGUCUGUUUCCAGAAGCGUUCAGCUCCAUUCAGUACCGUGGAACUCGAACCUACAACCCUCCCACGGACUUCAGUGGACUGCUGCGCAGCCUGGAGCAGCAGCUGGACAACAACACCACCCGCUCGCCACGCUCCGCCAGCGUCAUCUACAAGGCUCUGCAGGCCCUGAGCGAGCGCUUCAGCGGGGAGAUUUCGGAUGAGCACAUGACCAGUAACUCGUUCUUUCCUGAUGAGUACUUUACCUGCUCCAGCCUCUGCCUCAGCUGUGGGUCAGGCUGUAAGAGAAGCAUGAAUCACCUCAAAGAAGGACUCUCCCACGAAGCCAAACAUCGCUGCCGCUACUCUGCACAAUAUGACAACCGCAUCUACACCUGCAAGGCCUGCUAUGAAGGAGGGAAGGAGGUAAUAGUGGUUCCCAAAACGACAGCCUCAUCUGACUCACCGUGGUUUGGCUUGGCCAUCUAUGCUUGGUCUGGGUAUGUUAUUGAGUGCCCCAACUGUGCAGUGAUCUACAGAAGCAGGCAGUACUGGUAUGGAAACCAGGAUCCAGUGGAAACAGUGGUCAGAACAGAGAUCCAGCACAUCUGGCCCGGGUCUGACGGUUUUUUGAAAGACAACAACAACGCCGCCCAGAGGUUGCUGGAUGGAGUCAAAUACAUUUCUCAGUCAGUGUCUGAACUCAGCGUCAAGCCCGCCAAAGCAGUCACCUCCUGGCUCACUGACCAGAUCGCUCCCACCUACUGGAAACCCAACUCCCUUAUCCUGAAAUGCCAUAAAUGUGGAGAAGAGUUUCAGCCCAAUGACACCAAGCACCACUGUCGUGCCUGCGGAGAGGGCUUCUGUGACUCCUGCUCCUCAAAAACCCGGCCGGUCCCGGAGAGGGGCUGGGGUCUCGCACCUGUCCGAGUCUGCGAUGCAUGUUUCCACAACAGAGGAAUCCCAACUGAGUUGCUGGAUGCAGCCUUGGAGGAGGAGGGAGGCACCCUGAUAGCCAGGAAGGUCGGGGAGGCGGUUCAGAACACUUUAGGAGCUGUAGUCGGUGCCAUCGACAUACCUCUUGGCUUGGUGAAGGACGCCGCUCGCCCUGCCUACUGGGUCCCAGACCAGGACAUCCACUCCUGCAGCGAGUGCCAGAGGGAGUUCUCCCCACGCCUCUCCAUCCACCACUGCCGCGCCUGUGGCCAGGGAGUGUGCGACGACUGCUCCCAGGAGCGCCGCGCCGUGCCCUCCCGCGGCUGGGACCACCCGGUGAGGGUGUGCAACGGCUGCAACCAGAAACCCGGGGAGCUCUAGCAGGACGAGGAGUCACACAGGGGGCGGUAAAGGACGCCGGCUUCUACAAAAACUGGAAUUGACAACAUUUUUGACAUUUGGCUAAAAGGCUUUAGUUUCCUUUUUGUCUCUUUAGUGGCAUUUCACGGCUGCCAAGAGACUGUCUGUGGCAGAUUGGACUUUUUUUUUUUUUUUUUUUAACGCCAUCCUCACUUCACGUCAGUCCCUUGAUGCUAUUUCACUUUAAUAUGCCUCAAUUUUUACACUGUGAAGAACCAGUCAGAGUGAGACUUGAAUAUCAAGAGCGUAGAUUUAAAACAACUUGAAAGCAUUUUUUAUGAAAGUGAGUAUCGUACGUGCUUGCUCACAGUUGAGUUCAGAUCAAUAUAAAAAUUCCCAUUUUGAUCCUUUAAAAUUUAUCUCGCUGCACAUGAACCCCUUUGACAAUCCUUCCCCCCCUAGUGUGACACACUCAUACUGUUAGCACCUUUUGUAGUCUGGGGCUUCAUGUGUGAACCGUUUUAAUAAUAGAAGUCCUGACUGAGCAUCUUAAACUGUCUCCAGGUAAGCACUUUUAUUUUAAGAUUGUUUCUGCAGGAGCCCUGGAUGCAGCAUUCAGGGCUGGCUUUAGAGGAAAAUCUGAAAAAAAAAGAUCCACUAUGAUUAAUUUUGGUGGAUGAUUUACAGUGGUUUUCCUCUCCUUCAGCCCUGCGAGCUUUAGCUUCCCUGCCGCUCUUUGGCUUCAGGAGGAUUAGAACAAUCAGGAGCCGAUGAUGUACUGUAGCACCGAGAUGCAUUCCAACUUAUAUAAUUACUUCUUACAUAAUCGAUACUUUGUGGUUGUUUGUGCAUUUGAAUGGGCAGACGAUAAAAGAACAGCCUUAAAGGGGAACUUGAGUAUUUUCCAAGGUGCGCCCUAUUUUCCUGUGUUUUUGUGUCUUAGUGACCAAUGGGAAAAGCAAUUUUGGA